GGAAUGUUGCCAUUUCUCUGGUGCUUCGGCAUUAUAAUAAGCAGUCUGCUGCAAAUACAUCCUGCAGAUUCAGCAAAGUUGAUUCCAAACAUAGGCUAUUAUGUGGAAAUGAAGCAAAUGGACUGUGUGGGUAAUCCCGACUAUUUUGCCAACCUCUUCUGCAGAAUCCUGCCUCCUAACAACAGGACCAUGGAGGCCUCUGUGAAUAUUAUGCAGAAGUUGUCCGUCUUUAGUGGUUCGCUUAGGGUAUCGAUUCCCAAUGCCAAAAAGGUCAUAACCCAAAUAUUUAACAUCACCUUCGAUGUGUGUAAAGUUUUGCGCGAACGCAAGCGGAAGGUGCUCAUCGAUCUAUUGGUCAACACUUUGGCCAGGAACAGUAACGCAAGGGAUUGGAGAUGUCCAUUUCCAAAGGGUAAAUUCGAGUCCAAAAACAUUUCGGUUACCGAUUUGCCGCCCAUGUUAACCGAAUCCGAGUUUUUUGUCAGCUUGGACUUCUUUAUACCCAAGGUGGCCAUUGCGAUGAAUGUCACUCUGCAUGGACAUCUUUUCGAAAUUGCUAAAGAAAAAGCUAGAAGGAAGAAAUAUUUGUAA